AUGACAGCCGGACGUGUAUUCGGCCACUUGAGAAACUUCCAGGGACCUACGAGAAAUUAUACGAGCAAUAAUUCACAGAUGUUCCGGAUGCGAUUGAACGCCGAGGAGGUGGGUCGGAAAUUUGAAGUGUCCGACGACGAGCUGACGGUUGUGGCUCGCCGCAUGUCGGAUGCCAUGGAUGCGGGUUUAUGGCGCAACGAACAACCUGGCGCGCUGGCCACAAUUAGGUGCUGGGACACACGAGUAUCGCGUCCAUCACCACCUUCAGUCAYCGAUACGGUUGUCCCCAAAUUCUUGAGCCUGAAUYUGUGUCAYGGUGAUAGAUUCAGCACGCAGUUUACGACCAUCAUGUUGGAUGCACAUAACGAAGUGAGGACCAGAUCACGUGAUCAUCCACUGACGCCCAGCACCCUGAUUACCGGAAAGGUUGCAAAUCUGUUCGACCAUGUGGCUAGUAGACUUGCCGAGUUCGCUGACGAGUUUCACAUGAGGCGGGUCGGGUUGCCACUGGCAYUAACGUUAGGAUUCCCAGUCUGGCACUCAGGGGCUCUGGGGAGUGCGGCUAGUCUCUGCCGAUGGACCAAGGGGUUCGGCUGUGCGGACGCAAUAAGCGGUGACGUGGUCGCCGAGUUGCGGGCGGCCGUGGAAAGGGCUGACGCGGUUGUAGGUCCGGUGGCCGUGUUUAACGACGCUUGUGUGGCAAUGAUGCACAGUGCUGCGGACAGGCCGGAUACGCGUGCCGCGCUCGUCGUGGACGAUGGUUGUAACUGCUGUUACGUGUCAGAAUUCGGUCGUAAAGUCAUCAACACCGAAUGGGGCGCUUUCGGCGAGGAUGGUGCGCUUGAUCACUUGUUGACGAAGUAUGACCGUCAGCUCGACGUCAAAUCCCAAAAUCCCAGCAAGCAAAUUUACGAGAAAAUGACUUCAGGCAUGUAUAUGGCUGAGUUGGUGCGCGAAGCGGUUUUGGAGAUAGCUUCCAAUCAGGCGAUGUUUGAAGGUAGGACUACGAUCGCCAUGAAUACAGAGUAUGCGCUCAAAGCCAAACACCUGUGGAUAGUUGAGUCAGACAAAAGCCGAUCGCAUAGUGCUGUUCGGAGUAUCCUGACCGACGUGYUGAAUGUGACUGAUCCAUCAUACAUGGAUUGCGAGCUGUUCCGGUACGUGUGCCGAUGCGUCACAAAACGCUCUGCAAACUUGAUCGCGGCAGGAUUGUCAGUCGUGUUGAGGCGGACCGGAUUUCCUGUCACGGUGGUCAUAGCCGGAUCAGCUUUCAAGACACACUCGGAGUACGCACUCACGGUUGGUAGCAAAGCGCGGCAACUGACGCCCAAUCAGGCAAAGUUUACGUUACGGACAAUUGAUCAAUCGCGCUGUCAGGAUGCACGAAUUGUGGCCAGGCUGUUGGCCACGAUCCCAUUGAAUCCAGCACUAAUAUAA